AUGCGAUCAUUCUUGACAACAUUGAUUCUGCUUAGCUCAUGCUUUGAUAUUCUUGGAGCUCUUGGGGAUGUUGGGACGGCCACGUAUUAUGUUCCUCCAUACUUGCCAACGAAAUGCAACGGUGACGACCAGAAUCAAUUCCCUUCGGAUGGACGUUUUGGUGCUGUGAGCGUGGCCUUAUGGGACAACGGAGGAGCAUGUGGUCGGAAAUACAGGAUACGGUGCAUCAGUGGCCGAAUGCGUCCGUGCACGAAUAAAUCCAUCGUCGUGCAAAUAGUUGAUUUUUGUAGAAAGGACCCAUGCCCAGCAACAAUGGCACUGUCAAGAACAGCCUUUCGUGCCAUCUCAAGAUAUCCCUCCAAAAUAAACGUCGAAUAUAUACUGAUUUAGCGAGUGCAUCCAAGCCUCAGAUGCAAGAGAAUUUUGGAUCCAUUAAUGUUUCAAGAUCA